AUGCUUCCAGCCGAACCAGCGCUGCCAGAUCCAGACGCAGAACCGGACGAAAUCCAUACACCGCCCGACGCAGAGCCUGACGCACUGGCCAGACGCACAUCGCCGCUGCUGCUCGGGCCUUCUCCGCUGAGCAACGCCAGCGACGCGCCGUUGCCCAACGUGCUCACGCCGCCAGACACCGUCACGUCACCGCCCGUCGCGCCAGCACCACCGGCCAAAGCCAACGAACCACCCUCGUCGUCCGAGCUGCGACCGCCGGACACGCGCACCGACCCGCUAGCACCUGCAGCCUCGCCGCCAGAUACGCUCACCGACCCGCUCGACUGCGUCGACGACGCACCAGAUCCGAUUGACACUGCGCCUGACGAACCGGUCUCGACCGACCCACUCGUCAACGACACCGCGCCACUGCUCACGGAAGCCGCACCGCUGCCAGACCCGAGCGUCACUGCGCCGCUCACCGUCGAAGCACUUUCACCGCUCAGGAUCGUCACGCUGCCGCCCGUCGACGAAUCCGACGCGCCGCCCAACACAGACACGCUGGAGCCCUCACCCGUAGCGGACGAGCCACCAGUCACCUCGAUGGACCCUGCACUAGCGUCUCCGGACCCGCUUCCAAUGCGGACGGACCCGCUUGACACGCUGCUAGCGCUGCUGCGCACGUCAACGCUGCCACUCGAACCACCGGACACGACGCUCGUAGAAACGCAACACCGAACCGCCCACACUCGCCGCAGACGAACCGCCAUCGAUCGACACGUCGCCGCCCGCGCCCUGAGCGUUCGCAGAUCCGACGACCCUCACCUUCUGCGCUGCGGUCGCGCUGUCCACGCCGCCGCCACGCAACUCCACAUCGCUGCCAACAACACCGCUGUCGCCCUGGACGAGGCUCAGGCUGCCGCCAGAACCGCUACGGACGAACACACCGCUGCCACCAGCGGAGCUGCCGGAGAUGCCGCUCGACACAGUCACGUCCCCGCCGACGCCGCUUGA